AUGAGCGGUGGAUACCUGGACAUCGACGACAUUCUAGCCGGUGAUGAGCGUAUCGCGUGUACGUUUGAGACUGAUGUAUUGGAUUGCGGGUACUUGGACCCUAGUUGUUGCAGUCCUGACUUGCCGAAAGGGUCCGUUGUAGAGCUACCAUUGUGGCUCGUAACGACGCUUGCCGGGCGAGGUGACGUGACGAUCGAACCACCACAUUUCCUGACUAAACGUUUCCGCCGUAUGCUCAAAGCCGGUCCUUCAUCUGUGAAUUUGCGUGAUUUUUCUGCCUAUGUACUGGGAGUAGGGAGUCAUCUCAUGCCUUACGUGAAUGAGGAAGAGCAGACAGAGAUUGAUGAGAUUCUACGGCUCUGUUUUGGCGGCGAGCGGUACCGUGAUAUUCUCAACAAUGCCAUGAGCACCUUGAAUGAGGACACAACCGAGCUUACAAGGAAACUCACUCAAGAUGAGAAGAAACUCUUUGAGGCCGGCACUCGAGAUGCUAAGGGAUUCGUCCAAUGGAAGGGACGCAACGCUGAGACCAUCACCGCCGCUGCAGUUGUCGAACGUUCGUUAAAAAAGCGUAAAUUUCGCGCAUGA